AUGGUCAACGUUGGGAAAGAGCCUCUCUAUCCUACACUACCGCAGGUGGUGACCACCCCUCCCCCCUCGACAACCGUUAUCACACCUUCGGGGUCUCAUGUCAUCGACCGAAAGGUUUCCCAUUCUCCCAUAACUCCCCUUAGAGAUGAGCUUCCAGCUAGCAUUUCUGAGGACCUUCCAAAGUCAUCACUUCCUCCAAUCCCACUUACUGCAACCACCGUAACCCCAGACCCAACGCCCCGUCUACCGGCCAUAGCCUCUAAAAAUGAUAUUCUCACUUCUCCAGCACAAACUCAAAGAACACCUACGAUCCCUCUUCUAAGUGCCGCUGAAAUCACGAUAUUACCACCGGCCUCGCUCCGUGAACAGCUCACCAUCUCACAAACACAUAUAUCAACUCUACAACGGCUUGCCGAAGAAUCCCGAGCUGCAGCUCGACAUUGGAUGCUUCAGCAUAAAAUGCUUGAAACGGAUUAUACGAAUGAAAAGCACCGAUAUGAGGUCGAGAUAGCAUUGGCUAAACGGGAAGUCGAAGUUUUGCGUGGACGCGGAGGACCUGCUAGUGCAAACAACAGCUUUGGAGGAGAAGAUGAGACUGAUAAAUUACGGGAACGGUUGGCAAGGGCUAAGAAUUUAAUAUUGGAGGAGAGAGCGGCGAAGAAGGACUUGGAGGACAUGGUGGAAAGGUUAAAGAAACGGAUUAGGGAUAAUCGCAAGCAUGACAAUAUGGUUGAUCGAGCUAUACUGCAUGUCGAAGCUAGCAGAGGGCUUAAGAGAAGUGAGUCGGGGCUAUCGACUACGAGCCAACAGCGUGAAGAUGGAUUGGCAGCACUAGGAGAGGUCGCAAGCCAGGUACUUAUGGAGCAGGAAGCUAGGGCGGGAAGUGGGACUCCAAAGAAGCCCGCACAGUCCCAGCAGCGUGGAACUCUCGUGUCACCGAUUGAGAUGCUAACGGCAGUGACUGGAACGCCGUCGAAAAAAAGAAGAAGAAGGAAGAGCAGAGAUUCUACAAUCUCAGCUAGUGACGGUGAAGUACCGACAGUGGUCAAUACACCGGCGAGAAAGGUGCAGCGGAAGGAUGGUGUGAUGAUGGCAGCCGUGGCAGCUGCGGCUCUCGGAGUCAGUCCCGGAACACCAAAAAGACCAAGGGCGGCUCCAAGUGCUACUGCUACACCAAGAAGCGUGAAGAAAAAAGCGAGUAGCGGUAAACUCGGCGCUGGAAGAAGCCCUCUAAUAGGUGGGACCGAGGGAGUCCAGGACGUCAGAGAGGCUUUCGGGGCAGCGUUGAGAUAUACUGGAGGAGAUGGAACAUGA